AUGUUUCCAGCGACCAAAAAUGACCGGGAAACCCUUAAAAAUGAAUUGUUUGACAACAAAGUGGCUGUUGGAGCACUCAAUGCAUACUUCGCUACAUACGAUUCCCUUACACUAGACAUGGCUACUCCGGCCGUUCUUCAAAUCGAGACACCUAUUGUGCGCACACAUCAGGACAUUUUGGUACUCGUUCGGCUCCUGAAAGCAAAUGCGCAUCAUACGCGUACUCAAACACUUGCCCUUGCUAUCCAGUCAUUCAAUCGGAAUGGAGCUACUGAUGAAGGGAGCGAAGCUUACACUCGGGAGAUGACGGAGCUCAAUAGAGCACUUAAUCUUGCCGUCCAGUUGCUCUGCAUGAUUGAUUGUUCCGCCAAGGAAAAGCAUUCUCAUGAUUUUGAGUUGGGAGACUUCAAACCAGUGGAGUGGCGCAAGGAGGAGACUUUUGUUAACUUUUUGAAGAGAAUAUUACCUGUGGCGGAUCCGGGCAUGUGUUUCAGUCGUGAGAAAAAGAACAAAAUGAAAGCCUGGAAGCUCAGUAAGCGUGCUGGGAUUACUUUCAAAGCAACCGACAACAUCGUGGAACAUCUUCUUUAUGAUCCAAAGGAUGAAACUGUCCGACUAUUUCAUCAUGCUGCAUUCUUGAAGGCACAGCUGGAUUCUUCCACAAACCAUUCCAUGAGCAUAGCAUGCGAGGAAUCUCUUGCAGAGGGAAAGUUGCCACCGCGGCUUCUUCUAGAAACACUCAGCACUUUCCAAACCAUCCUCUUUCCCAGUGUGGACGUCAAAUCAACCAAACUCCUGGAAACUCUCAUCUCAUCGAAAGACACAAGAUUCGAUGCCGAAUGUCUCACUCAUGAUAGCCAUACUCGAAAUGUACCUGCAGGCAUGGAGUACGUGUACUGGGGCCAGCGCCUUCAACGGUUACAUGAGCUCGUCACCAACCCAAAACCAAGACACCGGCUUGGGCGCUGGCUGCAACGGCACAACUCGGACCGCAAUGCGCUAUACAUUGCGAUUAUUGGACUUUUUCUGUCGGUGUUCUUUGGAUUCUUAAGCGUACUGAUCGGAAUCUUCCAGUCAUGGGUUGCUUGGAAGGCAUGGAAAAGUCAGUGA